AAUUCUUUCUCCACCUACUCAAUAACUUGUAGAGAAAUUAAGCUCUUUCAUUCGUUUUUUAAUAAUUCGUUUUCUGUUUUAAUAUGCUGAUAAAUACAUUGAUAUAUAAAUACAUUUAUCAUCUUCAAUCUUCAUCCCAUUGAUAUAUGAAUAUAAAUUCAAGAGAUAAAUACAGAUAGAGUGCUGGAAUUUUAAGCCUCUAGCUUUCCCAAUGGUGUUCAAUAUUAUCAUUGUUUUGUUCCAUAUUUUUGUCUCCUUUCAAGUAUGCCCUUCAAUGGCGCAAACUAAUAACGUCAGGAUUGGUUAUUACUGGUGUUCAAGAUAUGAGUUUCCUGUUGCGGACAUAAAUUUUUCCCUCUUCACUCACAUUAUUUGUGCUUUUGCCCGUAUUAAUUCCACCUCCUACGAACUUUCUUUAUCGUCUGAUGAAGAAAAACUCUUCUCCAACUUGACAGAAACUGUGAAACAAAAGCACCCGUCGGUCACUACACUCUUAUCCCUUGGAGGUUCAGAAGUAAAUGCUUCAAUCUUUUCUUCUAUGGCAAGCAGUCCUUCUUACAGAAAAUCUUUCAUUGACUCCUCCAUAGAAAUAGCCAGGCUUUACGGUUUUCAAGGUCUCGACCUAGCGUGGCAAUUUCCGAACGAUAACUCUGAUAUGUCCAACAUGGGUAUUCUCCUUCAAGAGUGGAAAUCCGCCGUCGCUUUAGAGGUAAGAAACUCUAGCCAGCCAGAACUAAUCUUGACAGCAAGGGUUGCAUAUUCACCAUUCAUGUCUGCAAGAAGUUACCCUCUAGAGGCAAUACAACAAUACUUAAACUGGGUUAAUCUCGGAGCUGCUGGCUACCACAAGCCUCAGUUAGAGAACGUUACGGGUGCUCACGCAGCUCUUUAUGACCCGAGUAGUGAUGUUUAUACGGAUCAGGGUGUAAGGGAGUGGAUGGAUGGAGGAUUAUCUGCCAAUAAGUUGGUUUUGGGUUUGCCUUUAUACGGCUAUGCAUGGAAGCUUGUGAACCCUGAAGACAAUAGCAUCGGUGCACCGGCAACAGGACCGGGGAUUAAAAAAAGUGGAUUUCUGAGCUAUAAGGAUAUCAAGAAUCACAUUAAAGGAUCUGGUCGUAAAAUUGAUGUCAAAUAUAACCCAAUUUAUGUGGUGAAUUACUGCACAAUCGAAUCAUCUUGGAUUGGCUUUGAUGAUGUUCAGGCUAUCAAAGCUAAGGUUUCUUAUGCCAAGGAGAAGAAGCUACUUGGUUACUACCUGUGGCGAGUGGGGUAUGAUGAUAAUUGGGUGCUUUCUCAAGCAGCAGCUGAGGCGGAUAGUAACAAUUCUUCCGAUCAAGAGGAUAGUAAAAGGCCUUUGUUACCCAUUCUUUUGACUGCAACAGCAGCUGUUAUUCUUCUGCUAGGAAUAUUUGUGAUAUAUUAUCGGCGGAGGAGAAAGCUUAAAUCAAGAGAGAUGCCGGAUUGGGUGAAACGAUCCAAGUAUACAAUAAAUAAAGCAGCAAUGGAUUUUAGCAACAGUGUUCCUAAUUUGGUGGAGUACACAUUGAAUGUCAUUGAGGCAGCUACGAAUAGAUUUUCAGUUGGAAAUAAGCUUGGGCAGGGUGGAUAUGGUCCUGUUUACAAGGGCAUACUACCAGAUGGACAGGAAAUCGCAGUGAAGAAACUAUCAAAAACAUCCACACAAGGAUUUGAGGAAUUCAAGAAUGAGGUUAUGUUUACAGCAAAGCUCCAACAUGUAAAUCUUGUAAGAGUUUUGGGUUAUUGCAUUGACAGGGAAGAACAGAUGCUUGUCUAUGAAUACAUGAAAAACAAAAGUUUAGACUAUUUCCUGUUUGACCCCAAUAGACAUUGCAUUUUGGAUUGGAAAAAGCGUGUGCAAAUUAUUGAAGGGGUUACUCAAGGGCUUCUAUAUCUCCAAGAAUUCUCAAGAUUCACUGUUAUUCAUCGAGAUCUGAAAGCUAGUAAUAUUUUGUUGGAUGGAGAUAUGAAGCCUAAAAUAUCAGAUUUCGGUAUGGCUAGAAUUUUUUUAAAAGAUAACGUUGAAGCAAACACAGAAGUAAUUGUUGGAACACGGGGCUAUUUUCCUCCUGAGUACUUGAGAAGGGGCAUAUACUCUACAAAAUCUGAUGUUUAUAGUUUUGGUGUCUUAUUUCUUGAAAUCAUUAGUGGGAAAAGAGUUAAUGAGAGCUUAAACUUCCUAGAUUAUGCAUAUGAGUUGUGGAAAGAUGGCAAAGGCAUGGAGUUUAUGGAUCCAUCACUAGAUGAUACAAGUUCCUCUUGUAAAUUCAUGAGAUGCUUGCAAAUAGCUUUGUUAUGUGUCCAGGAAAACCCAAAUGAUAGACCGUCCAUGCUGGAGGUUUUCAUGAUGCUAAAAAAUGAGUCGAAAGAUAUCAAGAUUCCAAACAAGCCUGCUUCUUGGAAACAAAAAGACAGAAAUGAACAAAGCGAAAAUAAACAAAAGGCAGAAACUGAUAGAGAGAGCAGCUCAAUUAAUGAUAUAACGGUCUCAGAUAUUGUAGCUAGAUGAAUUAAUAUAGACUUUACAAGAUGCAAUUAUUUAUAAAGCCCCUUGGGCCUAAGGCAAUACUCCACUUUUAUUAUAGAAUAAUGCUAUACAUCCCAAAA